CGUGAUAAUAAAACUAUCAACAGAAAAGUCGUCCGGAUUAUGUAGUUUGGAAGAAGGUUUUUUAGCUUUUUUAAAAGGGUCAUCUUUUAAAAUCUGCAACAGUGCUUAUGGUACAUGUAUGUGUACUUUAUAGAACAAUUAUUAAAGGGUCUGUAACCCUAACUGAAAAUUUAAUUCAACAAAAUGGCAGAGAGAAAGGAAGAGAAAAUAAAUUGCAGCAUUUGCUUGAACCAUUUCACGAAACCAAAGAUUAUUGAUUGUUUCCACACUUUCUGCGAGUCGUGUCUAUAUGAUUAUGUCAUUCGCCGUGCACAGUAUAAUAGAUUUCCCUGUCCAUUGUGUCGGAAGAGUAUACGGGUGCCGAAUGGUGGAGUCAAAGAAUUUUCAACCAACUUCUAUAUUGAGGAGAAACCUGUGGAAGACGUAAGCAAGACUGCUGUUUGUAGCCACCAUAAAUUGGAAAUUGAGUAUUAUUGUCGGGACUGUUACUUGGCAGUUUGUUUUAAAUGUUUCGUAGUUGAUCAUAAGGGUCAUACAGGAGAAUAUAUCGAAGAUGUGGCAGUCGACGCAAAAACAGAGUUGGAAGAAAUUAAAGACAAUCUGAGUAAAAGAAUCUCGAAGGCUGAAAAAUUGUCAAAUUUCUUGUUUUCUGAGAGACAACGUGUGACAUUUUCCACGGAUUUGGAGUGUGAUAAGGUAGAUAGACAUGUCAAAAGUGUUUGUGCAGCUGCUGAACUUCAUGGCCUAAAAUUAAAAGAGAACAUCCGCAAUUCUUCUUCUGCCUGGCAUAAACAUGUGGGUCAAAUGCUGAAAGACAUGAACAAUUCAGUCAAGGUCUUGAAACAGAUUGCAGAAAAAGUAGCAGAUAUUUUAGAUAAGGGACGUGUGGUUGAAAUGUUAGAUGUGACCCCUUUGGUUAAAUUACAAUCAAUGGUUGAAAGUUACCAUUGUGACAGAAAAACUAAUUGGUCUGAAAAAAUCCCCCAGUUUAAGAAAGGACGAUUCAGUGAGGAGAGACUGACUCAGAUAGUAGGCAAAAUAACAAAGGAAUCUACUUUUGUCCAACCUCAAGAGAUAAUAGAAGAUGAUCAUGAUGAUGUUUCUUUAUCCACACAACUUGGAUCAUUGGCUGUGAAAGAAACUUGCUCAAAAGUUGAUAUAGGUCAAGUUGGUACUGUUGAUGUCUGUGUCCAAAGAGAUUUAAAUUCAUUGAAACUUUCACAAGAAGUGCCAGCUGAUCAUGAUACCGCAUACAGUUUUAAAGAACUUUAUAGAACUUUGUCUGUAUCGCAAGGUCGAAGAUUACGUUCGAGGAGAAAGCAGAGUGAUUUCCGUUUCAAGAAUAAGGAUAAUUUACAGCCGGUCGAACAAAAUGGAGCACUCUCCAUACAAUCAUCUGAUAGGGAGGCAGCAACUGAUUCAACUGUAAGUGUACCAUCUGAUGAAGCUCAGGUAAGGGUCAUUUCAGCUACUGAUCCUAAAAAUAAAACCCAACUUACAAGCAAAAAUGUACCCCUUGAAGUUAGUUGCCAUCCAUCAGCAAGAUCAGCAUCUAUACAAGGGCAGACAACUUCUAAUGGACCCACCUCUGAUCUAAGUUCUAAUGUUGAGUUCUCAGCAGGAGGAGAUAAAGAAUCUGGUGACAAAGCAACGGAUGACAAGAAAAACAUGGCAAAGUCGUGGGAAUCAGAGGAGAAAACAAAGAACUCAAAUUUGAAAGACUCGAUUUACGGUGAACCUUUACCAAAACUUCUAGGAAUUGGAACAGAGGAUGUUUUACCCACAAAACUUGGAGAAAUAAUCUUAAAUGAAAAUGAGAGAAGCUUGAAAUUUGAAUUUGAUUUGCAAGACGUGGAAAAGAAAUGUGCCAGAAAGGUACAAAAGGUAAAUGAUCUUGGUUUGAUGGUAGAGGUAGGGAGAGACAGUAAUUCAUCACUGUUUAUUGAUGUUGGAUUAAAAUCUCUCGGUUUAUAUAAAAUGUCUUUCAUGUUGUCGUUAGCAACAGAUUCCGAUCGUCCAGCCGUGAAUCAGUUUGUAGAAGCAGCUAUAUAUGGGUACUGGGGACCAAGUUAUAGAUGGAAUAAAGUUGUGAGGAAAGAAACUUUGCUGGAUUUUUGUCAAGAUAAGUUCACUGUUGAGAUUACUCUGUCCAAUAUCAAGAGAAUUAAAUAAAACUCGACAUAAAAGAUGCAUUAUGUAGGAUUUAGAUAAAGAGCUGGCCAUUCUUGCUUACAAUAGUUAAAAAAUAGAUAAUGAAAAAUGAAUAUAGUGAAAAUUUCAUUCAAGUUGCUUUAUUCUGAGUGUUAGAAGACAUAGCCUAGAUUGUUCAUUAUCGUAACAUUAUCAAUAAAUUUUAAAAUCUAGCGGGUGUUCAAAUCCAUUUAAAUCUCUGCCAUCCAAUGGUGUAGUGAGUUGAUUAUGGGCUUGUCAUGUAAAGUAAAUGCCUAAAUAAUAGUUUAUAUAAAAUUUAGUGAAAAUAAAGACCUGCAAGAUUUAGCUCUUACAUAAUGCAUCUUUAAAUUAUUUAAUGUGUGGAUUGAAAUAUCUGUGGUCAUACGCUUUACUAACUCGAGCACCAAUCCUAGAGUCUCAUUUUGCUCAAAGAUGUUCACAGGCCUUAAUGUUUGCAAAAUUUCCACAGCCACAUUUUGACAAUUAGUGAUGUAAAACAGGAAUAUACAAUAAGUAAGAGUGUGAUAAAUGUAAGUAAAUGUGUAUUGAAAUGAAUGUGAGCUGAAUGUGAUAGAUAAGUCGUAGAAAUGUGUAUUGAAAUAAAUGUGAGCUGAAUGUGAUUGAUAUCAAUGUGUAUUGAAAUGAAUGUAAGCUAAAUGUGAUUGAUAUACAAAUGUGUAUUGAAAUGAAUGUGAUUGAUAUAAAUGAAUGCAACCCAUUAUUUAUUAGGCUACUCAAGACACUGUUCCAAAAUUAUAUGUACAUAAAAUAUUAUGUUAUCAACAACACUGAUUAGCUUUAUCAUCUAAUUUAAGUUUUAUUGUUCUGAGAAGUUGUGUAAGUGUGGCAGUACUACUGAUUUAUAUGAUAACUACUCAAAAAUGUGUAUUAAAAUUAUGUCACAGGCGACAAAUAGUCAAAACCAUAUUCUUUAAUUUCUUACUUGGUUGGAUUAAGUCCUUGUUUUAUUGAUAGUCUAAAAUAUUUUCACUCCCACCUUUUUGCUCCAUAUUAUUGUUUACCUUUUAUUUAAUGAUGACACAAGAAUACUUGUUGAAACACUACACUAUUAUUAAGUUGCUAGUUAUCCAUGAAGCUGUGUUUAUUGUUUUAGACAUAUUAGUGUUGUUUGUUUAGUUUUCUUUUUUUUUUACACCCACAUUGAAAUGUGGUCGUAUAUUGUUGUCAUCCCCGUCCGUCGGUCUGGCGUCCACAAUUGCUUGAGGCUGAAGUUAAAUUUGUACACAUAGUAAUUUGUUUAAGGUCAUGAGAUGAAGAAGCUUACUAAAUUUCAACGAUUUCUGAUAAUUAUUGCCAGAGUUAUGGCCCUUAAGGACUUUGAAAUAUCUUGUGGGUGCCCUAGAAAGUUAAUAUUCGGUUGGCUUUACAGGUUUAAAGGUCACAAGACGAAGAAUCCUAUUGAUUUUCAACGAUUUCCGAUAAUUUCUGCCAAAGUUACAUGUAUGACUUGGAAUCACUUUGAAAUAUCGUGUGGAUGCUCUAGACGCAAAAGUUAAGAUCCGAUUGACUUUAAAUUUAUACACAGUGUCAAAGGUCACAAGGUGAAGAAUCUUAUUGAUUUUCAACAGUUUAAGGUCUUGAUAUGAAGAAAUAUAUUGAUUUUCAAUGAUUUUUGAUCACUUAUAUUAAAUGUUUUGUAUACUAAAUGUUAGCAUGAGUCAGAACUUAUAUAAAAUAUAAGCCAAACAAAUUCUAAUGAUUUUCUGAUAAUUAGUUAAUGAGCUGUUACUCUUCUUAAUAAGAUUUUACUGUAUUAUAAAUGUCUCAUUACUGACAAAAGAAAAAAUAUGCGACAACUCUUGUUGACUGCCCGGACAACUGAGUGGCUGUGGGCGUAUAUGUUUCAUUGCCUGGCAACCUAUCUUUUAAUAUACUCAGCAUCAUUAUUAAAAGAUAUGAUAAUGAUGUAGGGAAAUUUAUUUUGUUUACUAAAAUUUCAUCUGUACAUACAUGUAUAUUUGUAAGUUGAUAUCUCGGUCACCAUAGAAUUUAUUUAUUCCUUAAUAAAACAUAUUUUUAAUACUAUAAUAGUGCUUCUGACAAAAUAAAAUAUAUUUCUUUAAA